ACCGUUUCUCCCUUCUUUCAAUUUGGCUGUUCGCAGUCUCACAGUUAGCGUAGUUGUUCGAAGUGGUCGCCUCCUCGAAUCGCUCACCAUUUGCUUCACUCUCAGCACUGAUUAGCGGCGUCGAUCAAGCAUAUGAUAUUCAUGUAAAUAGGUGGUUGGGAACGGUGGUUUUUCAAAGAUUUAAAGUGGCUUCAUGUUCUUGAGGAGAGGGUUUUCUUUUACUAGUCCUCAAUUUGUUUUGAGGGCCUGCAGCUUUUGCUCAAAAGCAUUGCCCAAUGGAAGCCUUGGAAGCGAGAAUGAAAGGGUAGCUCAUUCAGAUAGCAUUGCAAAUCGUUCAUCCAGGCCUCAGGAAUCUCCAUUGUUCUCUGAUGGUAAACCUCAUUCAGUUGCUUAUGAUGUUGAACUUGUAGAUGUUGAUACUUGGGCAGUUUCAUGUGGUUUAGCAAGAGCAUGGGAAGGGAGAGAAGAGGGUUGGACGGGCUUUGAAAAUAGAUGCUUCUUAGAGGAUGAGGCUCAUGACCCAAUUGAUUAUUGUGAUUUAGAUUUUGACAAUAUUGACAACAUGAGAAUACGUGGAAAUCUCUUCUAUAAACUUGAUCGAGGAUCCAAAGAAUUUGAAGAAUAUAGCCUUGAUUUUCAUCGGAAGAAGAAGUCUAUGAAGGAAAAGGAAGAUAUGCAAAAAAGCAAAAGUAAAAUCAAUGAUAAGCUUGAUAAUCGUUUGGCAAAUGGCCAUGUAAAGCUUCCUGAACAUGUGAAGAACAAAUAUGUAAUAGUGGAAAGGGAGAGUGAUGACGUUGAGAAGAAACUUAGGACACCCACGUUUAAUCAACUUACUGGUCCUUACCAUGAGCCAUUUUGUCUUGAUAUAUACAUAUCAAAGGCCUCAGUUCGAGCCUGUGUCAUUCACCGAGUGACUAGUAAGGUUGUUGCUGUGGCACAUUCAAUUUCUACAGACAUGAAAUUUGACCUGACUUCAAGGAAGGAUUCCUCUGCCUGUACUGCUGUGGGGGCUGUUUUGGCCCAGAGAGCAUUGGCUGAUGAUAUCCACAAUCUGGUAUACACUCCAAGAAAAGGUGAGAGGAUAGAAGGGAAGCUUCAAAUUGUGCUUCAGUCUGUCAUUGAUAAUGGGAUUAAUGUUAAGGUAAAAAUUAAGCAGCAAAAGAGACCCAGAAAGUGGGAAGUCCACCAUUAGCAUGGACGUAUGAAGAACAUGAGGCUGCACU